AUGGGGAUCUCUCUGGAUAAAGCUGAGUUUCUAUCGUUAUUUCUCGAGACCUUUAUGUAUGGUGUUUUCUUCACAUUAUGUCUGAUCACCGUCAUUAUCCUCGUCCGCCUGCGGAAGGUGGGCACCAAGACUGAGCGUUCACUCCUGCCUGUCGCCAUUGUCAUGCUGUUCUUGGCCACGGGGCACAUAACCAUCGACUUCGUACGAGCCCUCGAUGCGUUUCUGCUUCAAAAAUCCGAAGAUCAAAAUAGUGUCGCUAAAUACUAUGGCAAUCUAGCGGAUCCACUUUUUAUUUCGAAGACUGUAUUGUAUUGGUUGCAGACAAUGCUCGGGGACAGCGUCAUUAUAUGGCGAUGUUAUAUUGUCUAUGGAAGGCAGUGGGGUGCCAUCGGCUUCCCCCUUGUCCUUUUGACCGCUGCAUUCGUAUCUGGGGUGGUCAUCAUACGAACGUUCACUCAUGUCAUCCCCGGUGCUACAAUCUUUGAAACGGGAAAUGACUGGAUCACCGUCUUCUCCGUCCUGACCAUGGUCAUCAAUGUUUAUUGCACCUGUUGCAUUACAUGGCGGAUCUAUUCUACGGAUCGGCUCCAUCCUGGCUUCGGGAACUUGAUGCCCGUGAUUGUCGUCCUUGUCGAGAGCGGCGCGAUCUACACGUCCAACAUAAUAGCGUUUCUGUGUGCGUUCUUGAGCCAUUCCAACGGCCAGUACGCUGCACUGGACCUUAUUACCCCAGUUGUCGGUAUCGUGUUCUGUUUGAUCAUCCUUCAAGUGAAGUUCCACUUCGGCAUACGUUCGGCUGGUUCAAGCACGGGCAGCAGCGUCCAGCAAGCAGCUCCGCGAUCCGGACGCUUUACGGGUAUACACAACGGACAGGCGACAUAUCCCCUCGCACCACUCGCGAUAGAGAUUACGACGCAUACGGAAGGGCCGUACACAGAGGAUGUAGACAUAGAGAUGGGGAAAAAGAGUCAGGCCUUGUCGAGUAACUCCAUGUAAUAUUGGGACUCUUUUGGGAUCACACUGGGAUAUCUGUUGUAUUACGUAUACCUAUAUACACUCUGUUGGUGUUCAGGUU